AUGGGUAAGAAGAAAGCGAACGAGCGAGGAUCUGGCGACCACCUCGGGUCGCGCAAAGAGGGAGGCGGAGGCGGCGGCGUCGGCGACGCCGCCGCGGAAGCGGAGCAGCUCGCGGAGGAGCAGAAAAUCGCGCGCGCGGUGAAGAGCGGCGGCGUGCGGACGACGAACGCGGCGCUGCAGAACCGCCUGAACCUCCUCGUCGAGCUCGCGAAACGGAACGACAUCAAAGGCUUCGUCCGCGUGUUCGUCCCGCACGACCUCACCGAGGAGGACACCGCGUACUACGCCGGCGAGCUGGAAGGCGAUAGCGAACGGUGGAAGCUGUUAGGGGACGAGAUCGCGCUCCUCGCGGACGGCGGCGAGGUGUUCGAGAUCGUCGGCGACCAGCGAACGAGGGCGGAGUAUCGAUACUUGAUGCCGAACCAGAGCUUGAACAUCACGCGCGAGGUCGUGUUCGUUUGCUCGAACGGGGACUGGAGAGCGGAGGGGUGA